AUGGCAUUGGUUGAUUAUGAGAGGAAGUUCAAACAAAUUUCUAGGUAUACAACACGUCUAGUGGAUAUAAAGCAAAAGAAAGCUAGAAGGUUUAAACUCAGAUUGCGCCCAGAAAUUGGAGGAAUCAUAGCAUCCCAUGAAUUCACCACGUCCAGUCAGGUUCUACAACGAGCUCAAGCAAUUUCAAAUCAACUAGAACUUGAUCAGACAACUCAAGAAAGUAUUGAAUUUUCAGGAAAGAGGAAAUGGAAUGGGCCGAACGAAGGUAAAAGAAAUGGACAAAAUAAGAGGGCUAGCUUUGAAAGGCAAUCAGGGUCCAGCAAGCCGAAUAAUGUUCUUACUCAUUGUCCUAAGUGCAAUAAGGCUCGUAGAGGCGAGUGUUUGCAUGGAAAGAAUGUAUGUUUUCAAUGUGGAAAGCAGGGUCAUAUUGCUACCAAUUGUCAGGAACCCUCACCAAAGAGGGACAAUGAUCAAAGCAAAAAGGGACCAGCUAGAGUUUUUGCUUUAACCCAGCAAGAGGCAAUUGAGAAUUAG